AAUUGAAAUCACAAACUCCUUAUGACCAUUACAAGAAAGCAAGAACUCAAGAACUCUCUUCUUCUUCAACUCAUUAGUACACGAUAAUUCUACAAUGCCACUCACUGGCAUCUAGAACAUGAUCACGUGAAUUCUUAACCAUCUGAUCAGAUCAAAAUCAGAUCACAACAAUGUUUAGCUGGAAACGUCCAUCAGAGGUCCUCCGCUUAACACUAAACUACGGAACCGAAGAUUUCGGUGAGGAACUCAACCGUUCCUCCACAUCAUCCUCCACCGUCUCCUCCUCCUCUUCCACCACAUUAACGCCUUCAUCUUCGCCGCAGGAGAUUGCGACGGAGGUCGCUGCGGAGGAUGAGGAGCAGGUAGGGUUUAGAAUUGAAUUGGAUUGGAAUGCAGUGGAUGAUGAGGAUCAGGUGGCGUUGAGGUUACAGUCGCAGUUGAUGGUUGCGUUGCCUGCGCCUCAGGAUUGUGUGACGGUGGAUUUGAAGGCAGCGGAGGAGGAGGAGGGAAGAGUGGAGGUGGAGAUGAAGGUGGAGAAGAAGAGAGAGGAAUUGAGAGGGGUGCUUUUAGGUAAGAGUGGAUCAGGUCAACAGAGUGAUGGAGUUGGUGUAUUGACUCGGUUGUUUAGAUCUGAUGGUGGUCACCAUUGGAAGACAGUUACUUUGCUCAGUCUUUCCAGUUGUGGAUUGUUGACAUUGCCUGCUGUGAUAAUUCAAUUGCCGAAUCUUGAGAAGCUUUAUCUUGAUAAUAAUAGGCUUUCAGUUUUGCCACCCGAGCUUGGUGAGCUGAAGAAUUUGAAAAUUCUUGCUGUUGAUUACAACAUGCUGGUUUCAGUUCCUGUAGAACUGGGGCAAUGUGUUGAACUGGUGGAAUUGUCUUUGGAACACAACAAGCUUGUCCGGCCUCUUCUUGAUUUCAGGGCUAUGGCUGAGUUACAAAUUCUCAGGCUAUUUGGUAACCCUCUGGAAUUCCUUCCUGAAAUUUUACCUCUACACAAACUACGACAUCUGUCCCUUGCUAAUAUAAGGAUUGAGGCUGAUGAAAGUUUGAGAUUAGUGAAUGUUCAGAUAGAGACAGAGAACAGUUCUUAUUUUGGUGCAUCUAGACACAGGCUUAGUGCCUUCUUCUCUCUCAUAUUUAGAUUUUCUUCUUGUCAUCAUCCUUUGCUGGCAUCUGCACUGGCAAAGAUAAUGCAAGACCAAGGAAACCGUGCAGUUGUUGGGAAAGAUCUGAAUGCAGUGAGGCAGCUUAUUAGUAUGAUGAGUAGUGACAACUGUCAUGUGGUUAAACAAGCAUGCUCUGCUCUAUCCGAUCUUGCUGCAGAUGUAUCCGUGGCAAUGCAGUUGAUGAAAUGUGACAUAUUGCAACCCAUUGAAACGGUACUGAAAUCAGUUGCCCAGGAAGAAGUAAUUUCUGUGUUGCAAGUUGUGGCAACCUUGGCAUUUUCAUCUGACACUGUAUCUCAGAAGAUGUUGACUAAGGACAUGUUGAGAUCAUUAAAAUUGUUAUGUGCUCAUAAAAAUCCUGAGGUGCAAAGUUUAGCUUUACUAGCAGUUGGAAAUUUGGCCUUCUGCUUGGAAAAUAGAUGUCUUCUGGUCACCUCUGAAAGUCUGCAGGACCUUCUGCUGCACAUGACGGUUUCAUCUGAACCACGUGUGAAUAAAGCAGCUGCUCGUGCUCUAGCAAUUCUUGGAGAAAAUGAAAAUUUAAGGCGUGCCAUAAGAGGGCGACCAGUGGCAAAGCAAGGACUGCGUAUACUUUCAAUGGAUGGAGGUGGAAUGAAAGGUCUGGCAACUGUGCGGAUUCUUAAAGCAAUUGAGAAGGGAACUGGAAAGCGAAUACAUGAGUUGUUCGACCUAAUCUGUGGGACAUCAACUGGUGGGAUGCUGGCUGUUGCUCUUGGCAUUAAGCUAAUGACCUUGGAUCAAUGUGAAGAAAUAUACAAAAAUCUUGGGAAACUUGUCUUUGCUGAACCUGUGCCAAAGGAUAAUGAAGCUGCAACUUGGAGAGAGAAGUUGGAUCAGCUUUACAAAAGUUCAUCACAGAGUUUUAGAGUUGUGGUGCAUGGAUCUAAACACAAUGCAGAUCAGUUCGAGAGGCUGUUGAAAGAAAUGUGUGCCGAUGAGGAAGGAGACCUGUUAAUAGAAUCAGCUGUGAAAAAUGUUCCCAAAGUUUUUGUUGUAUCAACGUUGGUUAGUGUGAUGCCAGCUCAACCAUUUGUGUUCCGCAAUUAUCAGUAUCCUGUUGGAACACCUGAAGUGCCCUUUGCAAUUUCAGAAAGUUCAGGAGUCCACGUGCUCGGAUCACCCACUACUGGAGCCCAAGCUGGUUAUAAACGCAGUGCAUUUAUUGGUAGUUGUAAGCAUCAUAUUUGGCAAGCCAUAAGAGCAUCAUCUGCUGCUCCAUACUAUCUUGAUGAUUUCUCAGAUGAUAUAAACCGCUGGCAAGAUGGUGCUAUAGUGGCAAACAACCCUACCAUAUUCGCUAUAAGAGAAGCACAACUUCUAUGGCCUGACACCAGAAUUGACUGCCUGGUGUCAAUUGGGUGUGGCUCUGUUCCAACAAAGGUCCGGAAAGGCGGGUGGCGUUAUUUGGAUACUGGCCAAGUGUUGAUUGAGAGUGCAUGUUCUGUGGACAGAGUGGAGGAAGCUUUAAGUACGUUGCUACCCAUGCUUCCCGAGAUACAAUAUUUUCGCUUUAAUCCAGUUGAUGAACGCUGUGGUAUGGAGCUGGAUGAGACUGACCCAGCUAUCUGGCAUAAGUUGGAAGCUGCAGUUGAUGAAUAUGUCCAGAAUAAUUCUGAAGCCUUAAAAAAUGUCUGUGAUAGUCUACUUUUUCCCUAUCAACAUGACGAUAAAUUUUCAGAGGUUAUGAAAUCUCAGCAAUUUUCCAAGGCAAAGGUAUCAAAUACAGAUGAGAGUAGCCCCUCUCUAGGUUGGAGGCGUACGGUGCUGCUUGUUGAAGCUCUGCACAGCCCUGAUUCAGGAAGGGUUGUGCAUCAUGCUCGGGCACUAGAGUCAUUUUGUACCCGCAAUGCAAUAAAACUAUCUCUCAUGCAUGCCACAUCUGGAAUUGCAAGAACAGUGCCAACAGGAACAUUCCCAUCCCCAUUUGCAUCCCCUCUAAUUACUGGAAGCUUCCCCUCAAGCCCACUCCUAUUCAGUCCUGAUUUCGGCUUACAGAGGAUUGGCCGAAUUGACAUGGUCCCACCUUUAAGCUUGGAUGGAGCUCAGUCUGGAAAGACAGCUUUAUCACCGCCAAUGUCUCCCAAACACAGACGGCUCUCUUUAACUGUUCGGUCAUUGCAUGAGAAACUGCAGAAUUCACCACAAGUAGGACUUGUACAUUUGGCCCUUCAAAAUGAUUCAUCAGGCUCCAUAUUAAGUUGGCAGAAUGAUGUGUUUGUCGUUGCUGAACCUGGAGAUCUUGCUGAUAAGUUUCUUCAAAGUGUUAAAUUUAGUUUGUUGUCGAUGAACCGAAGCCGCCAUAGGAAGAUUGCUUCACUUCUUGCUAAUAUUUUGACUGUUGCUGAUUUAGUUCAUUGUAAACCAUACUUCCAAGUUGGAAAUGUCAUCCAUCGUUAUAUAGGACGACAGACACAAGUCAUGGAGGAUGACCAAGAAAUUGGGGCAUAUAUGUUUCGUAGAACAGUUCCUUCUAUGCACUUGACACCUGAAGAUGUUCGCUGGAUGGUUGGAGCUUGGAGGGACAGGAUUAUAAUUUGCACAGGGACAUAUGGGCCUACACAAACUUUAAUCAAGGCCUUUCUGGAUUCUGGUGCGAAAGCUGUUGUAUGCCCUUCAGCAGAGCCCUUAGAAAUGCCAGUGACAUUAGUCCAUGGAUCAGGGGAAUUCAAUGUUCUAGAAAAUGGGAGGUUUGAGAUUGGAGAGGAAGAGGCAGAGGAGGAAGAGGAAGAGGCUGAGCCUACCAGUCCAGUGAGUGAUUGGGAAGAUAGUGAUGCUGAGAAGCAUGGUGACCGUUCUAUUGGAUUUUGGGAUGAUGAUGAAGAGGACCUAUCCCAGUUUAUCUGUAAGUUGUAUGAUUCAUUGUUUCAGGAAGGGGCAAGGGUAGAUGCUGCUCUCCAAAAUGCUCUUGCUUCCCAUCGGAGGCAAAGGUAUUCGUGUCAUCUUCCCGGUAUACAAUAGUUAGUUGGAUACUAAUACAAGAAAAUGAAAAUAAACCAAAAAACAUGAGAGAAAAAAAUCUGUGAGAGAGAGAUGAUUGCAUUCGUAAGUACAGAAGUGAGCGAACAUCCAGUUUUGAGGCAUACAAGGAAAAAAAAAAAAAGUUGUGUCAUUCAUUGCAUGAACACAAGCAGAUAAUAAAUGAUCCCGUUUUUUCAAUGACGAGCAUUUAAAUUUGUCA